UACUGCACACUAACAUUAGGGACGGUUCUUAGGAAAAGCGUGGGCACGGCCAACACAGAUGAAACCAGAAAGCCAAACUGACGUUCCCGCGGGAGUCAGACGAAACCCUAGCUCUAAGCCAUUGCCGUUCAUCCUCAAUUAUACUCACAUAUCCAACAUCAACUAAUUAUUUUCAAAUUUUAUUUUAUAUUUUCUUUGGAUUAAUCUCCGAUGGAGCCCGUGACCUUUGUCGUUGGUCGAUUCAAAGAGUUUGGCAGAUCGACGGAGAGGUUCGUGAAGGGAGUGUUGCAGAGUUGCCUCAAGCGAGCAAGCCAAGGCCCGUUAAAAAUUGUUGAUAUACUUUGGUGAAAAAAAGAAGUUUUUGAGUUCUAAAGGGCAAGGUAUUGGGUGAGCAACCGUUUCAGAAUUUGAUGAAUACGUGUACCAGUCAAGUUGGCCAACUUAGCAAGAUUGAAACACUUAAACGUUUACAACGAGAGGCAUUUUCUGAUCUGAUGAAGCUGAGGGAAAGACAAGAUAAAGUAGAACGCAUGCUUUCCUUCUAUCAAUCUGGCAAAGGAGGCCCAUUCCAAGAAGCUCGUACCCAUAUGAAAGGAAUUAUAAAUGCAGAUGGAGCUUUGAUGUUCAUAGAGAAUGAUUAUCAGCAGGGUUCCGAUAACCUUGAUAGAUUAGGAGCAAGAAGAGGCAUCGAUCUGAGGUUUAUUUUUGAGACUUCUAUCAGGCAGAGAGAUCUACUUAUAGCAGAGUUUUUUACUAGUCACUGCAGUCUGGUUAACCACAGUAACGUGAAUGGGUGCCCGCUGGUUCUAUCAAAGUUGGUUUAUUUGGCUAACAUUUGUAACUCCCUAUCUGCUGUGUUUGCUCCCUUUGGAGCUCAAUGCACUGAAUUUGGAACAAGCUUUCAACAGGGAAGAUAUGAAAGUGCAGCCCCUUCAUUUUCUCCCCCACUGUUCCAACAAUCUGAAGGUUGUGGGCUUGGUUUCAUUGUUAAGGGACCUAAUCUUUCUGCUAGUUUAGCUGGGUUAGUUUCUGGGCUUGUUGAAGACACUAAUUUUGUCGGAAACAUCAGACAAACUAUCUUUGGGCAGGUUUCUUGUAAACCCUCUGAAGAAGCAAGGCUCACAAUGUCUGGAAUUUGGCGAACUUCCAAGUCAUCUCAGCUUUUGAAACUCGGUCCAAUGGCCUUACCGAGGGGCAACUUGAACAAGAGUACAGUAAAUGCAAGCCUUGAAGGAUCUUCUUCAGCCACUCCAAGUAAGGCAGAAUUUCUUGCAUCAUCAUCGAUUGCAUUGAUGUUAGAAUCACAGUUUAAUGAGACUAAUAAUCUUGAUUGUUGGGUUGAGAUGUGGAAAUCAAAUCCCGGUUUGUUAAAAUGGGGUAUUUCUUUAUAUGAUGCUCCUCGCGAUGAACUAGGGUGGGGUUUUAAGUUGGGUGGACAAAUUGAAGGAAAUUUCAAUCAGUUUUGGCUGGAAGGCUUUCUAAAUUUCAGUUUGGGCAAGAAAGCUGUACUGCAGCCAGGCAUUUUAUAUACUGUUAAUGGAGAAUCCAGAACUCCUGCACUAUUACUAAGGUCAAGCUGGUUCAUGUAAUUCUCUGAAUCUUUAUCUUUUCUAGUUUGAGCUUUAAUUUAUUGUAUAUAUUUAUACAUUGUAGUUUGUAUUAGAUGCAUUCUAUACUCACACAUGCAUACCUCUUUAUCAUAGGUAUAUUUAUAGGGGAAGAGAUCCAAGUUGGGAUAUCUUGAUUCAAAUUUUGUUAUUAGAUUUAUUUUAAGAUAAGUGCAAUAUAAAUUUUAUUCGAUCAA